UUCACUUUUCUUUUAACAGAGCCAAAGUCAAUUCUUAAACCGCUCCUGGGGCCCUCGCAACCUUAGAUUUAAAAAGCUUAAAAACUCCAGACAGAGAAAGACAUAACCAUCACCCUCUCUCUCUCUCUCAAAUCCCCAGAUGAAGAGAACAAACUUCAUCAUCAUGAACAUCAAAAUCCAAGUUGUGUUCAUCUUCAUCACAGUUUGUCUCUUCGCCUGUUCCUCCAGUCUCCAGAUUGGAGAGACUUGUUCAGCCAACACUCAAUGUGACGCCGGCUUACUCUGCGAAACCUGCGCUGCAAAUGGGAACACCCGUUCCAGAUGUGUUCGGAUCCAACCACUCAGCCCCACAUCAAAAGUGAAAGGUUUGGCAUUUAACAACUAUACCUGGCUGACCACACAUAACUCGUACGCUCUCAAUAGUGCAAAGUCGGCCACGGGUUCGCUUCUAGUCACUGAAUUCAACCAGGAAGACACGGUUACCAAUCAACUCAAAAAUGGCGUUCGAGGGCUCAUGCUAGAUAUGUAUGACUUCGAGAAUGACAUCUGGUUAUGUCACUCUUUUAACGGCACAUGUUUCAAUUUUACUGCAUUUCAACCUGCCAUUAACGUCCUCAAAGAGAUCCAAGUGUUUUUGGAGGCAAAGCCAUCAGAGAUUGUCACCAUUUUUAUUGAGGAUUAUGUGACAUCUACACAGGGCUUGACAAAGAUCUUUAAUGCCUCUGGUCUGAGUAAUUACUGGUUCCCAGUGUCCCGGAUGCCCAAAAAUGGCGGAGAUUGGCCAACAGUGGAUGAUAUGGUCCAAAAGAAUCAGAGGUUGGUGGUAUUCACUUCAAUAUCAUCCAAGGAGGCCACUGAGGGCAUUGCUUAUCAGUGGAGAUAUGUUGUUGAAAAUCAGUAUGGAAAUGAUGGCAUGAAAGCUGGUUCAUGUCCAAACCGUGAUGAAUCGCCACCCAUGAACACAUUAAAUAUAUCCCUGGUUCUUCAGAAUUAUUUUCCUACCAAUCCCAAUGAAUCCCAGUCUUGUGCAGACAAUUCAGCUCCAUUAAUUAGCAUGAUGGAAACUUGUUAUCAAGCAGAUGGCAAACGAUGGCCAAACUUCAUUGCUGUAGAUUUUUACCAGAGGAGUGAUGGCGGAGGAGCCCCUGAAGCUGUAGAUGAAGCAAAUGGUCAUUUGACUUGUGGGUGUGACAACAUUGCCUACUGCAAGGCAAAUGCUACAUUUGGAACGUGUGAUGUACCUCCCAUUUCUCCCCCUCCGCCUGCUUCUGCAGGAUCCGGAACACCAGGAACCACACAAAAUCCAACUUCCAACGCUGCUUUCUUGGGUGGUAAACCAUUGCAACUGCGGUGGUUGUUGGGGGCAAUCUUGGCCUUAUGGUUGUAAAUUGCAAUUUAGAGCAUCUUGCUUGUUAACUUUCCUCUCCUAUUUUUUUGAACCACAUGUGGGUAAUUUUUGGAUGAGAUUGAUGGCUCUUUCAUUUGGGAUUUAGACUGAAAAUGACAUUAGAAUUAUAUACGCACGACACUACUUGUUCCCAUUGUAAUAUACGUUGCUCAAUUGAGUUAUUUUUUUUA